ACGAGGGGGAGGAAGACGAGAGCAGAGGAAACACAAACCGGCCUCUGAGAGAGACACAACUAAACGUUAAAGCGUCUCAGAUAAAAUGCCGUUUUGACUGAGCUACUUUCGUCGUAUUCACACUGGUUUCGGUUCGCGGUUUUUCUGGAGUUGAUCAGAUCAGCAUGAGGCGGGUGAUCGUGUCGGCGCUGCUUCUGAGUCUCCUGACCUCAGGGAUUCUGUCUAUCCAGGUCACCCUCUCAGAGACCGAGAGGCGUACGACUCUCUUCGCUUCGGUCACCUUGCGCUGUGAUUACUCCACCUCAGCUCAGCUGCAGAAUGUUGUGGUCACUUGGAGAUACAAAUCCUUCUGCAAAGACCCUGUUCUGGACUACUACUCCACAGCGUACCAGUCUUCCCUCCAGUUGGGUCGAGACCCUGCCAACGACUGCGUGGACUCACAGCGCACCAUCCGAACAGUGGCUCAGAAACUGGGAUCCAAUGAGGCGGUGCUGGGCGUCGAGUACAGAGAUCGCAAAAUCUACAUUCAGAACAAGGCCGAUCUGGUCAUUCAGGAGGUGAUGUGGUGGGAUAACGGGAUGUACUUCUGCUCUGUGGAAGCACCCGGAGACACGGUCGGAGAUUCGGACCAAGAGAUGAAGCUCAUAGUGUACCAUUGGUUGACGGUUCUCCUCAUCAUCCUCGGCGUGCUGAUGCUCGUCAUCCUCUUCUGUAUCUGCUGCUGUCAGUGCUGCCCGCAGAAGUGCUGCUGUUACGUUCGCUGCCCCUGCUGCCCCGAGACCUGCUGCUGCCCCGCAAAACUGGUGAUGCAGCACAGGCUGAUGAAGGAGGCGCAGAAGGCCAUGACGCCGUGGCUGAACGGACAGCCGGUCUACGCGCCGAUGAGCAACCACAGCUCCUCUUACCAGAUGAACCCCAUGCUGUACGCAGGCUCAACAUCGGGGAAAGGUGGCAUGACGCCCGUCCCACUGCCGCCUCCGCAGAUGACAGCCAUGCCCGUUAACAUGCCUCCACCCAGCCUUCACGGUAAUGGCAGCGCCCACGGGACCAACCAGGUACUGGACUACCUGGAGAAUCAGAUGCGCGGCAUGGACGUCACCAGCCCGCUGUUACAGCCCCAGCCCGCCAUCCCGCUGCAGCACAUGCCGCCUCCACCCCAACACAUGCCGCAGCACGUGCCCUUCUCCGCCGGCCCUCCCAGCAUGCUCUCCGGCCUGGACGACGGUCCCGCCUCCCGCAGGGUCCCGCCGGGCUCGCGAGGAGGACGCUCCAGCGGCUCGUCCGCUUACGGCGCCUCCCGCCGCGACGACCGCCACUAUCCUCGUCCGGCCAUCCCGCGCAGCUACAGUCAGGAAGACGUCCUGGACGCCCGGAGCCGUUCCGGAGCGUACCGUCCUCGCUCGCGCUCCAGGGAGGACCUGCUGGCCGACGACCGCCGAGGCCCGACCCGACGAGACGAUUAUUCUCCUUUGCCCCGCCGCGGUUCGUGGAGCUCGACCAACGACGAGGACAGCAGACGCGGAGGCGCUCGAGGAGGCCGGGGAGGCGGCUGGUCCGAUCAUCCGCCCAGUUACAGCGAGUACGAGCCUGGAAAGAAGCCGGGGAAACGGCCCGAGCGCUUCUCUGAUAAAAGCUCUCGCAGCGGCACCAGUAUAGUCAUCUGACGACAUCUGCGUCUGAUCCAGAACUUCAUGAAGGCUUCUGUAUUCAUGUGCACACAACAAAGCACAUUUGUUUUAUUGACAUGUUUGAAGGAUGUUACACUGACCGCUGAUUUCUUUGUUUUUUAAAUUUUUGUGCAGAGCAGUUUAUAUUAAUGUGAAUAUGAAUAGCAGUUUAUAGUAACAACAUUAGAGGAAGCUGUACUUUAAUGACAUAUUUUUUACAUUAUUAUUUUAGGUCACUUGGGUUUUAGGAUUUAUCCGUGUAAAUAUAACUGGUUUCAUGUCAAUAUAUUUAUUCAUAUAUUGGAUUUUUAGUAAUGUAGCCACGGCAUUACAGCAUAGGGAGAUAAUGCAGUCGAACACAAGAAUUGGGGUUUGCACUGAACGCUAUGGCCACCGAUAUUCUAAAGAUCAGGUCUGCAGUAAGUCAUUCAUUGUGACUUGUGUUUGCUACUGGCCAUGACUGAAGUCGCUGUGAUCCUUUCAGUCUUUAGCUGCAUAAACGCAAGGAAUGACUUGUACAGACGUCCAGUGUGAAAUGUGUAUUUACAGUUUUAUGAAUCAAACUCAGGUCAAGCUCUUCUGUAAUCUUUCUGUAAAUAGUGUCUUUUGUGUAACUUGUUACUGUAUCAAAGCUUAAAAUCAACCUUUCUUCAGUCUCUAUAUAAACUUCCAUUAAAUAUGUGAAACACUGUGUUGCUGCAUGCCAACAGCCUCUGUAAUGAUGACAGACUUGUUUCUGUUUUGCAAAUGUGAAGGGCCGUCAGUUUAAUAAUGUUUAGCAUCUUAUGUGUGUCUCGUGCAGGCAGUUUGACACAAUUCUUGCUUUUCCAUCUGCAUAAAUAAAUCCUGAGGUCUGUAGGA